AUUGUUGCUAUAGAAAAGUAAUAUCGAUUUUUAUACUUUCAUGUCUACAUCUGAUCAAUUGAACAAAUAUUAAUUGUUUUUUACUGUAACAAAAAUCUAUUUAAUGUAUCUAUAUGUUAACUAUAAAUUAAAAAUGUCAUAAUUUUUUUUUUCAAUCAAGUGAAUUGAUUCAAUACGUAUCAUUUUUUAUUCAAAGUGUUAAAUGAUUGAUGAGUUUAUUCUAUUUUAGUGUUAUAUUUCUAAUGAUCUAUCAGAAAAAAUUAUUACAUAUAAACCAAAAUCGAGGUUUCAUUAAAAUGACUAAUAAAAAUGAUAUUUACUUAAUUUAUAACUGCCAGAUAUCACGAAACUUCGUGUAAUCAGUGAUAACGCGACUUGAUAUAGAAACGUUUAAAAGAAUUGAGUAUAUACAAGACAUAGUAGUGUGUGACAUGUUUUAUAUUAUCAUAUAACUAUACUUGAAUUAAUUUAUAAAAUAAUUAUUUUGAAAUCACAACAAUUCUUAUCGACUUAAUGUGUCAGUAUGGAAAGUGUGGAAGACUUACAGUUACAAUUUUACAUUGUCAGUGGUAUAGUUGCAGCAAUACUUGUCAUACUAUUUAUUUUAAUUAUCAUCCUCUUCAUUAGAGUCAGUAGAUUAUCUAUAUACAGGUCAAAUCAAACAACAUUUCGACAAGAUUCAAUAGGAGAUUUCUGUUAUACAAAUCCUAUGAUUGUACCUGGUGAGGAACUAUCACGACGUGGAUACUCAAUGUAUCGAGCUGAAAGUUCACCAACAAUUCCGACAGUUAGCUUAAAACAUAUUACUGAUGAAUAUGGAACUUAUGAAUCUCGUUCAAGGUUUUAAGAUAAUUCAAAACAAAUUUUCUUUAAUUAAUAUGUACUAUAAAAAUUUUUAAAUUCUACUAAUAUGAAUUAGUAAAUAAUAUUUGUUAAAAAAAAUUAAUAAAUUUUAUUUUUUAAUCUGUA